UUUUUUCCAUUCCAACGGCAACAAGCUAGAGAGAGAGGGAGGAGUUUCCCUAGAGAGAGACAGAGGGCGAUGUGAUCAUCAGCGGCGGGGGAAAUAGCACGGGCAAGCCACGGCGAGGCGGCAAUGAGCAGCGCCACCGCCGACAGCUACCCGGAGAGCGUCGGCUCCUGCCGCCCUCCGUCCCCACUGACUCCGACUCCCACUCCCCCGGCGCCGCCGGCCCAUCGCGGCGCCUCCGUGAGGCGGCAGCUGGAUUUCGCCGAUGCCGAUGCCGACGCCGGCGCCAUCGCGGGUGGCGACCUGAAUGUCGACGAAUUCUUCCUCAGCGCCAUGGACGACAUUGAGCGGGGCUACAGCGAGGCCAAGCGACGGGCUCCGCCGUGCGUCUGCCGGCGAGGCGAGUGCGCGGUGUGGCAGGACGAGCAGAGCGGCCGGUGGAUGUAUGUCUGCUCGGCGCAGCCGAAAUGUAAAUAUGUUGUUCUAUGUGAAGAAGUUGGUCUUAGUCCUGAAUCACAACCUGCUGUUAGGAGCAAUCCUAAACCAAGCAAUCCUUAUGUGCUGACCACUCCAAGCAGUCAUGUGCCUGAACCUGCAACACCAAUUAAUAUUGUUAAUCUCCGAGGUGCCGGUGCUACAACUCCAGCUAAUGUCAACCCCCAGGCUCCACUUAAUUCCACUUUCCAAGGUGCUGGCACUACAACUCCAGUUCAUGUUAGUGCACAAGGUGCAGGCUCUGCAGCUGUGGUUAAAGUUAGCCCCCAAGGGGCUAGAUCCAAAGAUGCAUGGCCAACCUGCAAGUGUACAGCAGGGAAAUGUAAAGUAUUGAGAGUGGACGGUGAAGACUACUAUGUAUGUCCUAUACCCAAGGGACAAGGUGCAUGCAAUCACAAGGUUCCAGUCCAUGCCCAUGCUGUUGCUAAUGACCUACUACAAACUGGAGAUGACAACAGAAGAGGGGAUAAGGAUUUGAAGGACAAGCCUGCUGAGAAGGAAGCACAUGGGAACAACCACCUAGUUCAAUUGGGAGACAACAAUGCAAAUGGAACGGUCAAUCCCACUCACGCUGAUGACAAUGAGUGGCUGUUUGAUGUCAUCAAUGAAGAAAUUGUACCCACAGCUGAGGCAACACCCCGCGCUGAAGUCCAUCAGGGAUCACCAAGCAUGCUGCGCCAACCAAUCGCCACGGAAACACCCACAAAAUCACCUGCGCCACCUUACAGUACCCGCAGCCCCAUGACUCCACGCUCAAAUGACAUCUGCUUCCGAUGCCGUGAGAAGGGCCACUAUAUGAGGGACUGUCCUAAGCCAUCUCCGACUCCGAGAACUGGUUGUUUCCAUUGCGGCAUGGACGGUCACUGGGUGAGAGAUUGUCCCCAGCUGCGAGGGUCUUGAAGCAAGUGGUGAACGGAUGAUCUCACUCUGCCUCUGGGCUAUGCUCCUCACAGAAAUCAGGGCUCAGGACAAGUGGCAAGCUCCUGCUUUUAGUAGUCUUAUUAAUUGGCUCUUGCAUGGUAGUGAAAUGUGUGAUAUAUAUAGAGUGAGUUAGGCUGGACAAACGGCUAAAAGGCCCCCUAAUAGUUUGGGCCCAGUAACUGCUCAGUUAAUAACUUAAUGUAGGUCUUAAUAAUUCGUAUUUAUUGUAUAUAUAUAUGUGCUGUAACCCGUAAGUACGUAUCUGAAGGGUACCUUUUAACAGUGGGAUGAAUUGAAGAAGCUGUAUCUUUGAAUC